AAUAACAAUGACAUUGUUCUUCCCCAGUAAUCCUUCUACCAGAGGACAUACAGGCUUUUUUUCGACGGUGUUCAGCACUCGUGUUGGUAGAUCUAGAAUAAUUAAUAACAGUCAAUUAGAGAUAGAAAAUACUUGUGUAAAAUACUUUUUAUAUCUUUUGUUUUUCAUCGUACUGGUUGGUGGACCAUUGUACUUUUUUUAUGCUGAGAAUGAAUCAGCAUUGAUGAUCAGAGCAUUCAACGAAGUAUCUGAUAAGGCUGUCAUUAUUCACGAUCCUAUUUAUUCAAAACCAUCCGAAACCAAUAAUCAAAAAUUAAUUUUCUUCCACGUACCAAGUGAACAAGUUCAAACUGAUUAUCCUAUUGUUGAUCAUGAUUUUGGUCUUUCAUUUAGCGAUGCAUUAAGUGUUAAAAGACAAGUUGAGUUUUGUCAGUGGAUAGAGAGUUCUAGAGACGAAACAGUAAAAAAUAGAGAUGGCUCUGAAACUACAGUUAGAACUUACUAUUAUACAAAAGGCUGGGUUGACCAUCUUAUCCCAAGUUUAGCUUUCGACCAACCAGCUGCACAUCAUAAUCCUCAAAGAAAUCCAUUUCCGAGUAUGAAGAGCCAUGCUUCUGGGGUAUCAGUUGGAAAAUAUCAUAUUGGACCUACUUUGAUUACAAAAAAUCAAAUUCCAGAAAGAACCAUCUCCUUCUCUAAAAAUCAAUUAGAAUCCAUCAGGGGAACUGUUGCUAAUACUCAACACAAUUUCAAAUAUAUUGGAUCUGGCUAUUUCUUUUCUGCCUAUGAGCCAUCAAAUUUUGAAAAAACAUUGCGUACUUUAUUUGGAUUUGUAGAAGGAUCUCUUUUGGAUUGGCAAGUUGCUGAUUUAUUUACCAGUUGUGAAGCAGGAGAUAUUAGAAUUAAAUUUAUUGACCAAAAGCCAGCACUAGGAAAGGGUGUAACUAUCAUUGGUAGACAAGUGAGCACAAAUGGAGAGAUAGAACUUUUAAAGGCAUCCAAUGGAUACAAUGUAGGUGAGGUACAUGAAGGCCAGUUCAACUCACCAAGAGAAUUGUUUGAUGCAACCAUUAGUAUUUAUAGGUGGUCUACAUUACUUGGAGCUAGAAUUUUAAUUAUUAUCUGGGCUGUUGUCAUUUCAUUGGUUAUGCUUGGAGACUACAUUACUAGUGGUACAGAUAUUUUUUUAUCAACAAUUUCUCUUUCAUCUUUAAUGAUUGGAUUAGUUUGGCUUUCUCUUACAUUUUCUCAUGGAUCUGGUUCUGAUAUUGGUCUUUUGUCAUCAUUUUUAUGUUUAAUUGUUUCUGGAUUGACUGGUUAUGUGUUGAUUAGCAAACAGACUGUUCAAGACCCACCUGUUUCUUCCAUGAAAUCUAAAUGAAACACAAGAGAGGAUUAACACAUUAACAAUUGUAAUUAAAAGUGCCGCUCUAAUUGUAGUGGUGCCACAGUAAAUU